AUGGCUCCCUGUGAGCAAGGCUCCUACGACGUGUACAAGUCGCCAGGGGAUGGUAAAAGUUGGUUUGGUGCUGAACCAAUUUCACGCGUGUGGGGCAACUCACAUGAUCGAAAAGGGGACGGCGUGCGAAGCGGGUUCACCGCCGCGAAGAUUGAGAACUUGAGGGUGAUGCUGCUCACCACGCCGGUGUAUUCUAAGGUGGGGGACAACUACAAGGGUCGGCUGCAUCUUUGGGUGACGGACAAUGCCCGUGUGCAUGACGUUGGGCUGGUAUCACGUGAAGAGCAUGAUGCCGCCGCCAGCUCCCUGCUGUACAGAAGCGGUAACAAGGAGGAGUUGAUUCUACUGUACGAGGAUAAGAAUGAAGGCGACUCGUACAGUCUUGUGGCCGUGAGCCUGACUGAGCAGCUGGAGCCGAUAAAGAAAGUGGUGAAGGCCUGGAAAGAUAUGGACAAUGCCUUGCAAAACUGUCUUUCCACUGAUACUGUGGGCCUGCAGGCAAUAAGGAAUGUGUGUAUAGGUUCCAUUCCCACCAGAGGGCUGGUUGGCCUUUUGUCCAACACAUUAACGGACGGGACUGUAUGGAAGGACGAGUACCUCGGCGUGACAGCAACAGUGAAGGGUGAGACAGUGACGAGCACGGAGUGGGGCGUGAGGUUCAAAGGCGCAGCAGCGGGGGCGGAAUGGCCGGUGGGCAGCAAGGGGCAGAACCAGCCGUACUACUUUGCGAACAACGAGUUCGCUCUUGUGGCGACGGUGACAAUCCACGCGGUGCCGGAGGAAGCCAGCAUUUCUCUGUUGGGCGCGAGGAUGAACGACACGGACGGUACUGCGCUCUUUGAACUCUCUUACACGAAUGACGGGAAGUGGAGGUUCAAAAUUGGUAAGAGAGUCAACAGAGAGUGCGUGCGCUGGCACGUGGGUGGUAAACAAAACGUUGCAGGUGGUGGUGGAAAUGGAUGA